AUGGACCGCUACAAAGGAAAGGUGCUGCUGAUCAUCAACGUGGCCUCGGCCUGUGGCUUCACGCCACAGUACACCGAGAUGACCGAGCUGUACAACAAGUAUGCCGCCAAGGGCCUGGAGGUGCUGGCCUUCCCCUGCAACCAGUUUGGCAGCCAGGAGCCGGGCAGCAACAGCGAGAUCAAGUCCUUUGCUGAACGCAAGGGCUUCAAGGGCCCGAUGUUUGCAAAAACAGACGUCAACGGCAGCGAGGCCGAGCCGCUUUUCACAUACCUCAAGAAUCAGCAGGGCGGGCUGCUGACCAGUGACAUCAAGUGGAACUUCACCAAGUUCCUGGUGGACCGUAGCGGCAAUGUGGUGAAGCGCUAUGGCAGCACCACGACCCCCAUGGCCAUCGAGGCGGACAUCAAGGCCCUGCUCUGA